UAAACUUUAAGGAAGAAGAAGAAGUGACGUCAAAGCGUCAUUUCGCGGGAAUUGUCUGUUUUUGCUCACCUGGGGGGAAAGUCGGAACAUUUAUGCCAAUAUCACGUCUAAAGACCGACAGAGCCUGAGCCAGACCUCACUUCCUACAAGGGCCGUCAUGUUCUCGGACCUGAGCGCCCAGAGGGACGGCUCCUCGCUGCUCCGCCGGCCGGCCUCUGAGGAGCAGGGCCCGGUGUUCGAGAGGAGCCCGCCGGACUACAGCCUCUGCACGGCGCGCUACAGCGUCGGGGAGCGGAGCUUCAGCCGCCAGUACGCUCACAUCUACGCAGCGCGUCUCAUGGAGAUGAGGCCCCUGCUGUCCGACAAAGCUAAACACAAGUGGGGUCCGGAUGUCCGCAUCAGGAAGCUGUGUGACCUGGAGACCGGGGAGCAGUGUUGCAUUGUGGGCACCCUGUUCAAGCGCAUGGACCUGCAGCCGUCCAUCCUGAAGGAGAUCAGCGAGGAGCACAACCUCCUGCCCCAGCCGGCACGAACCAAAUACAUCACAGAAGCCGACGAACUGGUCCUGGAGGAUGAGCUGCAGAGGAUUAAGCUGGAGGGCAAAAUUGACAGAGACAAGUGUGUGACGGGCAGCGUCAUCGCCAUCUACGGGGCUGAGAAGAACGACGGCAAGUUCACGGUAGAGGACUUCUGCACGGCGGGCCUCCCCUCGCAGACACCCAGACCUGCGCUCAGCUCUGACAAGUUUGUGCUGCUGGCCUCGGGGCUGGGCCUCGGCAGCAGCCGGGCCGACAGCAUGCUGGGCCUCCAGUUGCUGGUGGACAUGGUGACCGGUCAGCUCGGCGACGCGGGGGAGCAGAGCGGGGCGGCGACCAUUUCCCGGGUCCUGCUGGCCGGAAACCUCCUGAGCCAAAGCACCCAGGACAAAGACGCGUCGACAAAGCCCAAGUAUCUCACUAAGAAGACUCAGGCGGGCACCGUGGACGCCAUCCGUUUGCUUGAUGAGAUGCUGCUGCAGCUGGUGGCAUCCGUCCCGGUGGACGUAAUGCCCGGGCAGUACGACCCCACCAACUACACCCUCCCCCAGCAGCCCCUGCACAGAUGCAUGUUCCCGCUGUCGUCUGCGUACCCCACACUGCAGCUGGUCUCCAAUCCGUACGGCGCCACCAUCGACGGAGUCAGGUUUUUAGGCACAUCGGGCCAGAACGUGUGCGACAUUAGGAAGUACAGCAGCAUGGAAAGCCACCUGGAGAUACUGGAGGAAACGCUGGGGCUGCGACACCUGGCGCCCACCGCGCCUGAUACUCUAGGUUGCUACCCAUUUUAUCACAGGGACCCUUUCAUCUUGGAGGAAUGUCCCCACGUGUACUUCAGCGGCAACGCUCCGGCCUUCGGCUCCAAGCUUGUCACAGGUUCUGACGGUCAGGAAGUCCUGUUGGUUACCGUCCCAGACUUCAGCAGCACCCAGACCGCCUGCCUGGUCAAUCUACGCACCCUGCAGUGCGAGCCGCUGUCCUUCUCCGCCUUCUCCGCUGACGAAGACGAAGAAAGCGAGAUGAACAUCAGCCAUUAACGGCAGAAGCUGUUUCCGUCUCGGAUCCGCUGGGUUAACUC